AUGGGAGCAGAACAGACCGGUGGUCUGCAGAUCAGACUGGUUAAUGGGAGUGGUCUCUGCUCUGGGAGAGUGGAGGUCUACCUCAAUGGCCAGUGGGGAACAGUGUGUGAUCAUGGCUGGGAUAUGGAUGAUGCUGCAGUGGUCUGCAGGCAGCUUGGCUGUGGGAGUGCUCUGUUUGCUCCAGGUAGUGCCUACUUUGGAGAGGGGAACGGGAGCAUCUGGAUGGAUGAUGUUCAGUGUUCAAGCAGCGAGUAUAUAGAUGAGUGCACAGACACCUCUGUGUGCGGCCCCAACGCAACCUGCAGCAACACUGUGGGAGGAUACACCUGCUCCUGUCACCAUGGAUACAGAGCCCCCGCAGGGGUCACUCUCACCAACUCCACAUACCCCUGCCAAGAUAUAGAUGAGUGCACAGACACCUCUGUGUGCGGCCCCAACGCAACCUGCAGCAACACUGUGGGAGGAUACACCUGCUCCUGUCACCAUGGAUACAGAGCCCCCGCAGGGGUCACUCUCACCAACUCCACAUACCCCUGCCAAGAUAUAGAUGAGUGCACAGACACCUCUGUGUGCGGCCCCAACGCAACCUGCAGCAACACUGUGGGAGGAUACACCUGCUCCUGUCACCAUGGAUACAGAGCCCCCCCAGGGGUCACUCCCACCAACUCCUCAUGCCCCUGCCAAGAUGUGGAUGAAUGCAGGGAGAAUGCUACAAUCUGCGGCUCAAACGCAACCUGCAGCAACACCGCUGGCAGCUUCACCUGUGAGUGUAAGGAGGGAUUCAUUGCCAGCCCGGGGCUGGAAUGGAAGUUGGGAGUCACCACCUGUACAGAUAUAGACGAGUGCACAGACACCUCUGUGUGCGGCCCCAACGCAACCUGCAGCAACACUGUGGGGUCAUACAGCUGCUCCUGUCACCAUGGAUACAGAGCCCCCCCAAGGGUCAUUCUCACCAACUCCACAUACCCCUGCCAAGAUGUGGAUGAAUGCAGGGAGAACCCUACAAUCUGCGACUCAAACGCAACCUGCAGCAACACCGCUGGCAGCUUCACCUGCGAGUGUAAGGAGGGAUUCAUUCCCAGCCCGGGGCUUGAAUGGAAGCUGGGCGUCACCACCUGUACAGGUGUGACAGAGGGCUUAAAUACAGCAGAAUGUGAGGGUAAAUCAGUGGAGUGGUGCCAGCUGGACUCUGUGGUUAAUCUGCUAGACAACAGCAGCUCACUGGUGCUUCCACCCACAACAGUGGAAACGCUGCUGAAUGCAACCCUGAAUGCUGUGGAUGUGCUGUCUGUGAGGGAGGGUGAGGUCAGAGACAAGCUGAGAGAUACCAUGCUGGAGGUCACAGAGAAGCUGGCGUCAGCGCUGGUGAAGCCCACACAAAACCAGAGCUUUGCCAGCGUCAAUACCACACAAAUAGAGGUACAAACAUUUGCCAUCGGGCCAGAAGCCAACCUGACAGACACACCUCAGCUGAAAUCGAGAAACAACCUUUUGGAAAUUGAUCUACUUGGCAUCGCUAAGAACAACAAUGGAUCUGCAGCGGUGGCCUUCAUGACCUACACCAACAUGGAGGACGUGCUGAAGGCUGAAUUCUUCCACACGAAGAGGAAGAGCAACAAGACCAUGAUGUCCAGUGUCGUCUCUGCCUCCAUCCCCAAAACUAAAAACACAACAUUGCCCAGUCCAGUCAACUUUACCCUGAGACACCUCAUACAGGUGGACCCUGAGGGCCAGCUCACCUGUGUGUACUGGAAUCAGAGCAGGUGGAUCGUGGAUGGCUGUGAGCUCACAGAGACCAACACCACUCACACCGUGUGCACCUGCAACCACCUGUCCACCUUUGCCCUCAUCAUGCAGACGGGCACACCACCUGAGGAUGACAUCAUCUUGAAGUGGAUCAGCAUGAUUGCAUUGUCAGUGGGGCUGCUGUUUCUGGCCCUGGCCAUCCUGACCUUCAUCCUCUUUCGCCGGAACCCUAAAGUCAGCAACACAGCACGCCUGAACCUCUCCGUCUGCCUCUUCCUGGCCCACCUGCUCUUCCUGCUGGUGCAGAGUUUCCUCUCUCACAUCCAGAAGCACAAGGUGUGUGCAGUGAUCUCGGGCGUGCUGCACUUCCUCUUCCUGUCCAGCUUUAUGUGGAUGUUCCUGGAGGCUCUGCAGCUCUUCCUGCUGGUGCGCAACCUGCAAGAAGUUAGGGUUAUACAGAGGGAGGGAAUCCACUUGGGCUUCCUGCUGCUGAUUGGCUACGGCAUCCCCUCCCUGGUGGUGUGUGUGUCUGCAGGAGUGGUUCCCCAUGGAUACGGCAGCAAAGAGUGCUGGCUGAAGACUGAUGAAGGCUUCAUCUGGUCUUUUCUGGGGCCAGUGUGUUUUCUCCUUGCAGUGAAUGUCAUCCUCUUUACUACCAUCACUGGAUACCUGUGGUUUGCUCUGGCUGGCCGGGACAAGGAAAUCUCUCAACUGAAAGACACCAGGAUGAUGGUGGUAAAAAUACUAUUCCAGUUCAUCAUUCUUGGUUGCUCCUGGAUGUUCGGCUUCUUUGUGAAUAACAGCAAGGUGCUGGAGUAUCUCUUCCUGCUUAUAACCUCCCAGCAGGGCACAUUCAUCUUCCUAGUGCACUGCGUCUUCAGAACAGAGGUUCAGGAAUGGUACAGGAAGUGGUGGAAGAUCCUUCGCAACUCCAGUGAUGCCUCUGACUCCUGUAACUCCUCCAAGACAUUCCCGAUGUCCUCGAACGUCACAGUGAGUGAAAGCUGA